AUGACUGUCAAUCGGCCACCUCAGCCACCAAUUCCACGCGGGACCCUUCCCACCAUCGCAACACCCACCGGGUCGCGCUCCCGUACAGCCAGCCCCGGCGACAGCCUCCAGACCGCAGACCUCUUGCUUCCCGAGACCGUUGUCGUCCCUCCCACACCCAUAGCUGCAUCACCUGCUAACUCUGGCCCACCCAACGUCUUUCCCAGCGCUCCCUUGUCCUCACUCCAACCCACUCCCGAGGAGACCGUGCAGUACGACUCGCCCGACGAGAACUCAGACAUGGACGCGCCAACCGGUGGUUCACUAUCAGGGGAGGCGCAGGCGGCACGUCCCCCGCUGCCGCCCCAUGCCGUCCCGCUCCGCGUCGCGUCCACGCCUGUCCCUCGGUCCGAGAGCAUGGCUUCGCAUGGCAAGGAGAAGGAGAGCGACGACAGUGCCCUACUCCAAUCACCGCCAACGUUUGUGCCCGUCGGCCUCACGGAAUCAUCCCCGCACCUCUUCUCGGCACAGCGCACACCGUCUCCAUCGUCCCCGGGUCCAUCCCAGUACCGCGAGAGGAUCAUGCGUAGCCACAAGCGUCAUAGCUCGACGCACGUCGUGCGCGAGACCACCCUAGGCUUACAGCACCAGGACGACGAGGGAGCUCGCGUCGUCAACCAGUACAAGAUCGGUCAUGGCCUCGGAUCGGGAGCAUACGCGUCUGUCUUCCUCGGCAUUGACGUUGGCGACGGAACGGAAUACGCGAUCAAGGAGUUCUCCAAGUCGCGCUUGCAGAGACAGGCGCUCAUGGAGCGCCAGGCGCAGAUGGCGCGCGAGCGUCGCAACCGCCGUCCCCUCCGUCCCGGCCGUUUCCCUGCCGCGACAGAGCCCCCGCUGUCGGAACACACGGCCACCCUCGUAAACGACGAAAUGCUCGAGAAGGACCCACUCGCCCUGAUCCGACGCGAGGUUGCCGUGAUGAAGAAACUUGACCACCCAAACCUCACCAAGCUCUAUGAGGCGAUCUCGGUACCGAACGCCGACGGACUGUUUCUUGUUCUGGAAUAUCUUCCCGGUGGUGUGCUCAUGAAGGUCGAACCGGGGUACGAACCCACCAACGAGAAGCCGCCGUUCACAGAAGACGAAGCGCGCGAGUACUUCCGCCAGAUCUGCCUGGGCCUCGAGUACCUACACGCGAACGGCAUUGCACACCGUGACAUCAAACCUGACAACAUCCUGUUUACCAAGGAGCGCGACAUGGUUAAGCUGGCCGACUUUGGUGUCUCCGAGAUGUUCCAAGGGGACGACACGAUCAAGGCAACAGGCGGGAGUCCCGCUUUCCUUAGCCCCGAGAGUUUCAAUGCCAACACUGGCGAAGUCCAUGGCAAGGCGGUCGACAUAUGGGCGCUGGGUGUGACAUUAUACUGCAUGCUGCGUGGCAAGUUGCCGUUCAACGUCGCCAACGCGGUAGACCUCAUGUGGAUGGUCCGCGAGAAGGAACCGGAGAUCCCUGAUGAGUGGCACCGCGACCUCAAGACCUUGAUGAGGGGAAUGUUGCGCAAAGACCCCAAUCAGCGGUUCACCAUGACCGAGAUCCGCGAGAACUCGUGGGUCAAUGCCUGGGGUCAGCAGCCCAUGCGGAGUGUCGAGGACAACCUGUUCUACUAUGGCAACGUGUUCGAGGAGCCGACCGAGGAGGAAGUCGACAACGCGCUCAUCUCGCUCAGAUCGGUUUUCACCGUCGUACGCGCGGUGCACAAGAUGCGGCGCGCCGUUGGCCUCCGGCAGAUGUCGGUCAUGCACGAGGCGCGGACGGGCUUAUCGCCGAGCGACGGCGACGUAUCGUUGACGUCCGGCUCGAUGGACUCGUAUACCCUACCAGACGCCGUGACUGGUGUGCAGACACCGCUGGAGAUGUCCGAGGACGAGGGGGCCACGAUUGUGUCCUCCCCCGAGCGGGACGACACGCCAGAGCCGCCUGCCAACAACAAGAAGAAGCCAGUCGGCUGGGCGCGCCUACGGCCACUCAAGACCGACCUUGCGCGGGGGACUGGACGCAAGGGCCCGGCCAAGACCAUGCCGAACCCCGCGCCGCGGGAGCUCGCGGAGGAGCCCGAGGGAAUCGCGGCGUCGCCCAUCGAGGUCGGUUCCCCGACGUGCAUGUCGCCAGUGGAGGUGGCUUCGCCUGCUGACGUGCACGAUUCACCGAACCUCAUCGCCGAAUCUCCGGUCCUCAUGGCCGACUCGCCCGUCGAGCACGACUCGCCACUCAUGCUCGCGGACUCGCCUGUGAUGGCCGACUCGCCUGUGAUGGCUGACUCGCCAGUGAUGGCCGACUCGCCUGUGAUGGCCGACUCUCCCGUUAUGGCCGACUCUCCUCUCAUGGCCGACUCCCCUGUGCUCUUAGCCGAGUCGCCCGACGCGACGACCCCGCCUCCAACCAUCACGCCGUCACAGAUGACGCCCGUGAGCAGCAAGAUCGUGCCCGCUAUCGAACCUCUAUCUCUCGACGCAACUCCGACGCAGCGCACUCGCUCGGAUCACACAGGCGGUACCGUCUCCCCACAGCAGUUGUGA